CAAAGAAACCACUUUUUUUUGAAGGAGAAGUUUUUUUUUUUUCAUUUACUUUUCUUUCUUCUUUUUUAACCUCGACUCUUCCUUUCUGUCUUUUCUCGUUAUGCGUCUUCCAUUCUUAUUACUUCUUGGGUUCUGUGCUAUUUCAAAUACAGCUGCUCAAGUUGUCACUUCGUCUUCAGCAGUACCAGUAGCAACAAGCAAUGCAGCAGCAACGGGAGGAGGAGCCGUCACAGCCUCUAGUACUUUAGGGUCAGCCUCAGCACAACCUACUUCUGCGACUAAUGGAAGCUCCAUUAUCAAUAAUAACGGGACAACUAUCACCAACUCUACAGCAGCAGCAGGAAACAACUCUGUAGCAGCUUUACCUACCUCUGCUAGUUAUGGUAAUAGUGUCUACCCUGGUUCAGUCAGUUUUAUUGCGCCUACCGCCAGUAAAUCAGUUUCACCUCUUUACCGCAUCGACAGCAAAGAAAACGUCACUUUUAGCUGGUCAUUUACCAAUUUGUUAGUUCAGCCACAAAACCUGACUCUUGCUGCUGUUGCUCCUAACAGUGUUACUUAUACCAUUGGGGCUUUGUCUGGUGUUGCUACAAGUGCUGUAUGGCAUAUCAGUGAUGUUCCUGCUGCUUCACCAUUGAUGAUGGGCAUGUAUCAAAUCCAAUUAUAUGAUCAAAGAGGUCUUUCUGCAUAUCAAUCUCCUGGUUGGUUAGCACCCAACACACGGUUAACCAUUGCCUUCUAUUCAGCUGAAUCAUACUCGCAACCCACAGGAUCUGAUUAUUGUCCUUUAUGUUUUUAUAAUGCUGGUAGAAAAAUGGCAGAAAGUUUUGGACCUAUUGCAGUUGCUUUUGGUGUAGCAGGUGCUACAACCGUAAUGAUGUUGUAUGGGCUUUUGUAUUAAACUUGUGUGUGUGUAGACUGUAUAAAUAAUAAAGUAUCUUCAUACCUGAUGAUCGUUCAAUUCUAUUCUGCAUAGUGUUUGUUUUGUAAUGGACCAAUAACUGGUUGUCUGUGUGCUUUCCUAUCAUCCUCGCAUGUAUAUUUAUACUUGCCUUCCCCCCCCUUUUUUAAAAAAAA